CUGUAUGGUGGUAAACGCAUAGAGAACAACGGCAACAGAGCAACUUUCAUUACCUAAAAUAUUUGUGUCGAGGGUUUCGAGAGAUGAUUACAUGAUACACAGAGCCCCAGGCAGCAGCAUGGUGACCAAUGAAAGGUCAUUUUGGGAGGGGUAAGAGGAGCACUCGCAAGGCCUGAGGGAAGGCUGCAGGGUCUGCAGAGGCUCCUGCCUCGGUCAUGGCCAAGAAUGGAUACUUCUAUCAGGAAAUGGAGCAGAGGGAGCGAGACGAGCAGGAGGAAGGGAGUGAGGAUCGGGAGGAGGGUCAGGACUCUCCCAUCCCAUCAGGAGAUGACAUUCAUCUCUACGGCAACCAGACACACCAAGGAGGGACAGAUUCCGAUGUCCAUGGCUGUGUCCUGCUUAAUACAUCACGUAGAUAUGUAAAGCUGAUGAACUUUGAGGAGGAAGUGAGGGCUCACAGGGAUCUGGAUGGCUUUCUGGAGAGGGCGAGCAUUCUGCUGCACGAGGACGAGGCGUCGCUGGACGACGUGCUGAAGACGAUGCUCCGGCACAUCUCGCAGGACCCACACACGGCCGAGCCUGGCUGCAACUUUGAAGAGAUCAUGAGCUCGCUCUUCACCGACGCCGGUUCACAGGAGGUCAACGACAGGUCCCCCAAUUUCCUUUUCUAUGAUAAGGUGCAUCUAUUGUCCGAAACGCUGCAGUGUGUGACAGCUACCGCCACCGGCAUCCAGUACCAGCAGUCUUGGCUCUGCAUCCUCUGCAAUGUGAAGCACUUACAAAGGCGGCAUGUGUGCAUCUCUCGGUUGGACCGGCCUCAGAACUGGGGGGAGAACUGCGCCGAGGUCCGCUACGUCAUUCUUAUACUUGCACCUCUUAAGAUGAAAAGCACUAAAACAGCAAUGGAGCUCGGCCGGACGUUUGCGAGCAUGUUCUCAGACAUCUCAUUCAGGCAGAAGCUGCUGGAGAGUAAGACUCCAGAGGAGUUUAAAGAGGCACUUGUUAUACAGAGGUACCACCUGACUGCUGCCAAGAGAAAAACUACCACUGUUGAGGAGGAAGAGACUGACCCACACAGCCACAAACCACUCAAGUCUGCAGUCUCUGCUCACCUUGUGUCUCUCUCUCUGCUGUGCAGGGGGCUCUGUUGUAGAGAUUUUUUCAGAGUGGGCAGAGGCAUCUAUGAGGAUCUGUGUCGCCGCUUGCCCUUCUAUAUAUCGGACUUUACCGAUGGAAUAGUGGGCAACAAUAAAGCACUAGUGAAGUACAUGACGACGUCAAUUUUCCUCUACAUUGCCGUUCUGCUUCCCGCCAUUGCGUUUGGCUCGCUCAAUGACGAAAGCACAAGAGGAGAAAUAGAUGUUCAAAGGACGAUCAUUGGGCAGAGUAUAGGAGGAAUCAUCUACUCACUGUUUGCUGGCUCUCCUCUGGUCAUUCCACUAACUACUGCACCUAUCGCCAUCUUCAUCAGUGUAAUCAGAGGGAUCUGUGAUGAUUAUGAGCUGGACUUCAGUGCGUUCUAUGCCUGCAUCGGUCUGUGGAACAGCCUGUUCCUUAUCAUUGGCGGGGUUUUUAACCUCAGUCUACUCGUUAAACUCUUCAAGAGGUCGAUAGAGGAGGUGAUAGCUAUGUUCAUUUCAGUCGCUUUUGUAGCAGAUGCUGUCAAAGGCACUGUCAAGAUUUUCCACAAGUAUUACCUUCCUCCUACACUGGCCAACGGCAGCAUAGAGAUGCUGCAACGAACAAAUGCAGUGGUGACUGUAGGGGAGACGAACCUCACGGGCCCAGGGUCAUUGUCACUCCCAGAAUCCUUCAUUUUGUGCACACGAGCACGGCCACUGCUCUGCCUCCUUCUUAUGCUUGGGACUUUGUGGGUUGGGUACACACUCUACCAGUUUAAGAGAAGUCCUUUCCUGCAUGCAAAAAUGAGGGAGAUUUUGUCAGACUGCGCUCUGCCCAUCUCUGUGCUCAUUUUCUCCUACGUUGGCUCUUACAUCUUCAGCGACAUUGGCUUGCCCGUGUUUAACUAUCAUCAGGGUUCGCUGUUCCGAUUAGCCGCCUUGGAAAAGCUAUCAGGAGUCAGUGUGGUAUGUGCCAUGGGACUUGGCUUCCUUCUCGCUCUCCUCAUCUUUAUUGACCAGAACAUUGUGGUGUCCCUGACCAAUGCCCCAGAGAACAGGUUAAUGAAAGGUACAGCCUAUCACUGGGACCUGACACUGUCUGGCCUGAUUAAUAUUUUGAUGUCGUUGCUGGGGCUGCCUUGGAUGCACGCUGCUUUUCCUCACUCCACGUUGCAUGUGCGGCAGUUGGCCAUUGUGGAGGAGCGAGUGGAAGGAGGACACCUUUAUGAGACUAUUGUAAGUGUGAAGGAGACCAGGGUAACGUCGUUGUUGGCGAAUAUCCUGAUUGGUGUGAGUGUGUUCCUGCUGCCCGUUCCACUGCAGUGGAUUCCCAAACCUGUACUCUACGGCCUCUUUCUCUAUAUCGCCCUCACGUCCAUCGACGGCAACCAGAUGUGCGACCGGAUGGCACUGCUACUCAAAGAACAGACGUCCUAUCCCCCAACUCACUACAUCCGGAAGGUACCACAGAGGAAAAUCCAUUAUUUUACUUUCCUUCAGAUGGUGCAGCUGCUGUUCCUCUGUACGUUUGGAAUGUACCCGCUCCCGUACAUGAAAAUGAUCUUCCCUCUGCUCAUGUUUAUCCUCAUACCUAUCAGGAAUUGUCUGCUGCCCAGGAUCAUUGAGGCCAAAUACCUGGACAUCAUGGACGCACAGCACAUGUAAAACAGGCACCCCAAAAAAAAAAAGAAAAGAAA